AUGACAAGGCCCAGCUCCCCCGAGAAGAAACGAUACCAAUGCUUCGUGCACAAGCAAUGCAUUCCCCAACUACAGGGAGUCAACUCAACCAAUUCCUUAUGGAAACCAAAAAGCCUCAGAAUUCAAAAAUCCGUUCCAAUUAGUAUAAUUCCGACGGAUGGUCGAAAGCCUAUGCAUGAGGCACCUAAUCAUGCAAAUGAUACGUAUCAUACCAAAUUUCAGCCCGUAUCUAGAAAACCAUCGGGGCUAGGAUGGUCUGUGUAUCAGGAAGAUGUUCCCUCAUAUAAUACCCCGAUUAAGAAUGUAAAGGAUAUUCCCGAUCCUCGGAAGAAGAAUCAGAAACAUGACAAGGAUGGCGGUUGUGGUUGUUCGAUACUGUAA